AUGCCCGGCUUCAAGGCUCUCAACAUCGAGUCGGACGAUGAAUCCGACGUCGAGGUCGACGAUACCAAGGAAAUCCAGAUCGAGGAGGCCCUGAAGCUGUACCAAACCGCCUUGAAGUUCGACUCGGAAGGCCCGCAAUCGUACGACCAAGCCGCCGAGGCCUAUCGCCAGCUCUUCGAAUCCGAGAUCUUUAAGUAUCCCGAAUCGCAGGCCGAACUCAGGCGUAUCGAGCUGUACGGGCCGCUCGACGACGACGAGUUGUGGGAUGAUGAAUUGGUCCAAACAGCCGCUGGAUCAGGCAACCUGGAAACUGGCCCGGGAACCCUUCCGCAGUUGCUUCAUCUGUCUCACAAGAACUAUGCGCAUUUCAAACUCAAGGCGCUGUCGGCCAAGUUCGAACUCUUCCACGUCACGCUCAACCAGAUUCUCGUUGACGCCACUGCCGCCUUGGAUCAUUUCGUGCAGGCCCUGGACAAGGACGAUAGCGACCUCGAUCUCUGGCGCCGGACCGCCGCUGUUGGCGAGGUCCUCGAUAGUAAGCGUAUUGCGCGCUUUUGCCUGGAGUCUGUCUUGGAUGACGAUGAAGUCGCGCUCAACAGUGUCAUGUCGCUUCCCGGUCUGGACGAAGGCCUAGCAGGGGAGCAGCUGCGCGACCUUGUCACUCAGCUGCAGGACCAUCUGUCCCUUCUGCAGGGUCCACUGUCGUUAAGUAAGCGGCGCAUUCUGUCCAAAUUCUUGAAGCAACAGCUCCAUCCAUACGAAGACAUCACGCGGCAAGAAGCUACUCUGAGCGCACAAGGCGAACUCCCAGACUCACCAAUCCGACCCGAGAGAGUAUUGUUCAAGGCGCCAACUACGUGGGCUGACUUGGGCGAUCUGCUUCUCCGCCAGCUCAUUUCUGAGCAACAUGGCGCAUCUACUGUCUUCCCCGGUCAUGCUAUCGGAUUUGACCUGAGUGACGUGCCUCCAGCGGUAGGUCGAGCAAUAGAGCCGCCGCCUCCUCCACGUUCUUCGCCCGCCAGAACAGCUCUGUCCAUCGAGACCCGUUUCCCAACGUCAAUGAACGAACAGUUUCCGGGACUCGACCGUGGACGUCCUACUGUGCAGCCCCAGAUCGCAUCUGCGGACCCGGACAUGGAGGUAGAAUCUGUCUCUCCGACUGACCACGACGUGGAUGUGACCGAUUCACCGACGAUGACUCUUCCUUCCCGCAAACGCUCGGGCGAUGCAGCAGGUCUGCAUGAUGGUGCUGAGGAAGGCCGUACUAAAAGCAAGCGCCUCCGAGCCAGAGACUCGAAUGCGGACGCAGGUGAAACGCGACAGGCUGCCAUCGAUGCAAAUACCCGCUGGGAGUAUGAGCAGCAGCUCAAUGAAUUCCAAGCUGCUGAUGACUGGAUGUUUGAAACUGUUGGAAACCUCUUCGAGAAAGUCGGUGUUGUCGGAUUUGACGCAGCACGGCACGUACGCCAUGAAAUGACUUCGUCGUCACACAGCACGCCUGAAGACAGCAGUGUAACGGUGGAUGACCUCAAGGUAGCCAAAUCUGACAUCCAAGCAUUUCUCGACAAGUACAACGAGCAUGCCGCGCAUCCUUUACUCUUCGGCGGCGACGGCUUUGAUCUUGGUGCUGGCCAGGGCUUCUCCGGAAGUGGACGUAUGCUCUCUUCUGGCGGAAGCUCGAAAGACGUACCAAAGCUGCCAUUGAUACCAGAUCACGGACUCCAGGAUCUCCUCAUAGAAGUUAACGACGGCUGGAACAUGACGAAGGAGGUUGCUUGGAAGUUUAUCGAAACCUUGCUCCGCUCAGCCAAGAUCACUGCAGAGUCGAACAGCUACACGCAAUACCUUUGGCCAGAACAUCUCAAGACCAUGGUGGUCCGUGUGCUGGUGAAUUUCGACGAAACCAUCUACGAAAACGCCUCGCGCGAUCUGGACAUUUGGAAGCAAAAUCUUCAGCGUGGUGAAGAGGAUGGUUCUUUCAUCGGCUUAGUCGAUUUAGCUCAAGCAGUGUUUGAGCUGCAUCUUGACAUCUACAGCUUGAUCAAGCAACCCAAUAGCGGCGUCGAGAGUGACAUAAUAGUCUCGCAGGGCGACCGUCUGCAGCGCUGGUCUGAUCUCGCUCGGGAAAUUCUACAUUGCCGCACAAUUGCGCACGGCUCUCCAAGUCUGGAGGAUCCGGUGAACCUUCGAUUUUUGUGGGCAACAACUUUCCACCUCAACGUUUGCUCAGACGUCACACAAGACCACGUUCUCGAAUGCAUGAGCGAUCUGAAGGAGAUUUUGACGGCCGCAGACGCGGCUCCGAUCUUUCUGCAGAACAACGCCAUCAUGCCAGAAGUUUCAGCUGCAGCGUUGGAGCGAGAACUGUCAACAAUUACUACCAAAGACUUCUUCCUCAGAGUUACAAACCAAGACGUCUCGGACCCCGCCGCCACGAUUGAAAGCCUGGAACCUCUCCUCGAGUCGCUUCAUCGUUCGAAGACUUCCUCAGCAGAAGAAGACGCCGUAAUGACUGACGCGUCGUUGCCACCUGACGUUGCCCCAGAACUCGUCUCAUUUCUCGAGACCAGCAGCAUCUCGGUGCGAUUGCUUCUCUGGGAGCGACUACGAGAUGCGUAUGACAGCAUCGACUACGAACCAAUGGUGGUCUACUGCUACUUUCGAAUGAUCCACAUGGUGCUAGCCGAGGUCAAAUCUUCCGACACAUCUGGUCUCCCUGAUGCUGAGCGUCAGAAAGUGACUUUCAAGGGCAUUCGCGUUCUACAUGAUAUGCUCAAGAAGCUUCACGAUGUCGUUCAAACCUCCAAGGAAUCCAUGCAAUGCAUUGACGAGGAAGGAAUUAAUCUGGCAGUGACCAGCCUUGGAGAGAUUCUGCAGCUGAUUCAAGUCUUCAACGUGGCCGAAGACUCGAUCCGCGUCGGGCAGUCGCAGGCGCCGACCUCGCCAAAUGGGCUACCUGCGCAAACAUUCAAGACGGUUAUGAAGCUCGUACACGAGAUGCAGGCUUAUGUCUGGAUGACACUAUACGCUUUGUUGAAGGAAGCAAUUGCUCAAAAUCCAGAGCAAUAUUCCACGCCGCUUGAGGAUCGGUUCGACUUCCUUCGCACAGUGCAUCGCAAUCUUGGGAUUCGGAACAUAUGUGGCGUGCUGAACCGAACAUUUGUAAGACUCCUCAAAGACGAAUUCGUCCAGAUGACGCAUGUCGACGGCUAUGACAGCGAACAAGCCCAAGUGUUGUACGACCUCUACCGGCUGAACUGCUUUAUCAAUCCAUCCUAUGAACUUAUCGAGCACAACUGCACCUCGGAUGCAUUCAUGGAUCGAGGGGCCGCGAUGCAAGCAGUAGACCUACUCCUCACACAAGCGACGAAAUUGCCGGUCAAGGAGCUGGUAAAGCACCCGUUGCGGGAGACGAUCGACAAGGUCCAUGGUUCUGUGGCCAAAAAGAGGCCUACAGAAGCGAUUGUGCACAACCGCGAGAUCUACCGUUCAUUCCUCCGAUCGCCCAUCAAUCCUAUCGAUCUUUACGGCUGUCUGAAGGGCGAGAGGAAUCAGCUGCCGGUGACCCCAAUUCCACGAGACGACGCUCUGCUCGCGUCCAAAGGCUGGUACUUUAUGAUGGGCCACGUGGCUCUCACUAAAUUUCGCUCCCAGAAGCGCACUGGACCAACUGCCACGGAAGAUGUCGAUAUUGCUAUUGCAUUCUUCAUGCAGGAUCUGGAGUACACGGGUCAGAACUGGGAGACGUGGUUCCGGCUGGCUCAGGCUUAUGACACCAAGAUCGAAGAAAAUACCGUCUGGUCCGCUGAGAAGCUGAACAACAAUAUGCCGGAACUGGUCGUCUUGCAGCGGCAAGCAAUUCACUGCUACACCAUGGCCACGGCGCUUGCAUAUCGCUCGGCCGAUCUUACCUUUGAGACUUCUGAUAAGAUGACCGAACUGCUGUACGACUUCGCAAACCGUAUCUACAGCUCGGCCAGACAACCCUUCGGCAUGCAGCCGUUCCAAGUCGACGACACCGACCGAUUUGUGAGUAUCAGCACGGGAGUGCAGAAAGACAAGCCUUUCCAGCCUCUGAGGUUGUAUACUGCCAUCAAACUGGCCAACUUGUUGUACAACAGGGCCCUCCCGGGCAAGCCAGAUAGCUGGAUGGUCCAUUAUAUGAUUGGUAAGUGCCUUUGGAAGAUGCACGCUGCGCCAGCUCAUCUCCGCCCGACUGGCGAGCCACCUGCUGCGAGUCGAGUUGUACAGGCAUUGGUGCGCUCUGUUGAACUGUUGCCUGAGAAAGACAAGAAGCCAGACGGCAAGAAAGAGCCUUUGCUCGAGCCGCAAUACAAGCUGGUCUCUGUCAUUCACAAGCUUCUCACCGUGACUAAGAGCAUCGAUCUGCAACAAGCGAAAGAGGCUCUGGCGCACACGGAUUACGCUCGCAAACAGAAUUUCCCAGAGUCGAUGGAUGAUUGGGUACCGUACGUCCUUGCGGUGCUUAAGAAUCUUCGAAGUGCCGACAAGUCCAACUGGUAUCACAGAAUGAUCAUCCGCUCAGCAACCAUCAUCUACGAUGACUCGGAGAAGGACGCGGAUGUGCAGGAUCAGAAUCUAGGAGCACUUGGCGCGAAACAUGAGCUCACGCAGCAGAUGUUCACAAAGACAAUGGUAUUGCAGGUUUGGAGGCCCGACAGUGAGCGAGCCGGACGCCACUUUGUUUAUACUGCCCGCUAUACCAAUUUCUUUGUGCGACUCCUGGAGCAACUGAAGGACCGGAAUAGCCUUGAUCAGCUGGCCAGAAGGGUGCGUCGACGACCGCACGACAUUUUUGAACACAGCACCGUUUGGGCAGAGAUAUGCACCGUCUACUUGCGCAUGCUGCGCAACCACGCGGCCCUUCCCGAAGGCUUGGAAACAUCUUCAUUCAGCAAUAUCGUGCAUGAAGAGUUCCUACUUCGCAAAGAUCCCCUGGAGAAAUGGAUGCAAAGCCAAGACUCGGGGGCACAUCCAGCUUUGGAUGUACUGAGAGAGGUGCAAGAACUGAAGAAGCUGAACCAGGGCCUCAUCAAACCGGGUGCUAUCGAUGAUCUGAUCGGAGAUGCGUACGCGCAGCUCUUCACUACCGUUGGCAAGCAGUUGUGGGAGGACGAGCGUCGGGUGAAGCAGGAAGAAGAGGCCAGACGUGAAGCAGAGAAGCCGCCGCCGGCCACCAACCCGCCUCGCAACCCCAUGAUGAGCCUGACUCACCUCAUGAAUGUCGACGGCGCGAACGAAGCUCCUACCAAUCCAGCACCACAGCCUCCUCCAGCCGCUGGCUCGACAAUCAGCGCUGCACAAGCGACUGACCCAGCGCCCUCACGUCGGAAGAUAGGAGUAGGACGACGCGAGAUCCGGACUUGCGCCGAAGCCUGUCUUCAGAAGACCAAAGCGCAGCCGGAUGUCGCCAAGGCGAUUGCCAACGCGCCGCGCGUGCAAGUGCUCAUUGAGCGAGAGCGGCCGGGCGCGUCGAGUGAAGUCUCGGUGGAGAACAGUGCUCCCGGAAGUGUGCACGAUAGCGCCGAUGACGAGAGCGAACUCAGUGAGCUGGAAGAGGCCGAAGACGAGGCCGAUGGCGACGAGUCGGGCCCCAAGGAUGAAGACAAGCGGCCUACGUUUCCCCAUCUUGCACCCGUGGAGUCGCGUGAGGAUGAUGGCGGAUCGGACACUGCUGGGGAUGGGGACGGGGACGGGACGGCGAAUGAGCAGGAGGAUGUCGAGAUGGCAGAUGGGCCGGAUGUCAAGGCAGAGGGUGAGGGCGAGGAGGAAGCUGAAGGCCCGGAAACGUGA